UAGCUAGCCACCGACAGCUGUCAGUAUAUUUGAGUAAAACCAUCCAUGUCAAGGCACAAGAGGGACUAUCGAAGUCUUCUGCUGCUUCUGUGUACAAAUAGGGGCACACCUUCCUGCCUACGAGCCUACUGUGGAUCGAUCCAACUGGAUCAGUGACUAGAACAGAGGACAUUGGCACCAUUGUGUGCCAAUAGAUUUCAAGACACUGGGAUUUUUGAAUCCAGAAGAUGAACGGUCUGUCCAUACGAGAGCUAUGCUGCCUGUUCUGCUGCCCCCCCUGCCCCAGCCGCAUUGCAGCCAAACUGGCUUUCCUUCCUCCAGAGCCCACCUAUGCUCUUCUCCCUGACCCAGAUCCAGUUUCUGGGGCUGGAGCAGCAUCUGGGUCCACCUCUGCAACUGCUCUCCCUUCUCUCGGAGCCCCUGGACUGCGCUCUCGGCUUAGCACUGCCAGUGGAGGUGACAGAGGUGGAGGUGGGGGAGGAGGAGGUGGUGGCAGUAGUAGUGGCGGUGGCAGCAGCAGUGGUGGUGAAGGCAGGUGGAAGCUGCAUCUCACAGAGAGAGCAGAGUUCCAGUAUUCACAGAGAGAGCUGGAUGUGACGGAUGUAUUCCUGACCAGGUCUAGCCGAGGGAACCGGGUUGGAUGUAUGUACAUUCGCUGUGCCCCUAAUGCCAGGUUCACUGUUUUGUUUUCCCACGGUAACGCAGUAGACCUGGGCCAGAUGAGCAGUUUCUACAUCGGCUUAGGGACCCGCAUCAACUGCAACAUCUUCUCUUAUGAUUACUCAGGCUACGGUGUUAGCACUGGCAAGCCUUCUGAGAAGAACUUGUAUGCUGACAUUGAUGCGGCCUGGCAUGCCCUGCGCUCCCGGUAUGGCAUCAGCCCUGAGAAUAUCAUCCUGUAUGGACAGAGCAUCGGCACGGUGCCUACAGUCGACUUGGCGUCGCGGUUUGAGUGUGCUGCUGUGGUACUUCACUCUCCUCUGACCUCUGGCAUGAGGGUGGCCUUCCCUGACACUAAGAAAACUUAUUGCUUUGAUGCUUUUCCAAACAUCGAGAAGGUAUCAAAGAUCCCAUCUCCAGUGCUCAUCAUUCACGGUACAGAGGAUGAGGUGAUCGACUUCUCUCACGGCCUGGCCCUGUUCGAGCGCUGUCCCAAGGCCGUAGAGCCCCUCUGGGUGGAGGGAGCGGGCCACAACGACAUUGAGCUUUACAGUCAGUACCUGGAGAGGCUACGGCGCUUUAUUAACCAGGACCUGGCUGCACAGCAUGCCUGAGAAACACAGCCUCUCUGUGUUUGUAUGAAUGAGACUGGGCGUGUGUGUGUGUGUGUGUGUGUGUGUGUGUGUGUGUGUGUGUGUGUGUGUGUGUGUGUGU